CGGGCUAGGAACUUGGGCCAGGGAAAAGUCUGAAGACGCUUAUGUCCAAGGGGAUUCUGCAGGUGCACCCUCCGAUCUGCGACUGUCCGGGCUGUCGAAUAUCCUCCCCGGUGAACCGGGGGCGGCUGGCAGACAAGCGGACAGUCGCCCUGCCGCCCCCACGGGUCCUGAAGAAGGAACGGACCCCCAACUUCUCCACCAGUGAUGGUGACAGUGAUGGGAGUGGCCCGGCCUGCGGGCGGAGGCCGGGCCUGAAGCAGGAGGACGACCCGCACGUCCGUAUCAUGAAGAGAAGAGUCCACACCCACUGGGAUGUGAACAUCUCCUUCCGAGAGACGUCCUGCAGCCAGGACAGCAGUCUCCCCACCCUCAUAUCCAGCGUCCAUCGCAGCCGCCACCUCGUGAUGCCGGAGCAUCAGAGCCGCUGUGAAUUCCAGAGAGGAAGCGUGGAGAUUGGGCUGGGACCCACAGGUGACCUGUUGGGCAAGAGGCUGGGCCGCUCCCCCCACAUCGGCAGUGAUUGCUCUUCAGAGAAGAAGGCUCGGAGAGAGUCCCCCCAAGAGACUCUGUUGCUGCCAGAGCUGGGGCCCACCAUGGCCCCCGAGGACCACUACCGCCGGCUUGUGUCGGCAUUGAGUGAGGCUGGCAGCUUUGAGGACACUCAGCGUCUCUACCACCUGGGUCUGCCCAGCCACGAUCUCCUGAGGGUCCGGCAGGAGGUGGCAGCUGCAGCUUUGAGGAGCCCCAGUGGCCUGGAAGUCCACCUGCCCUCAUCCCCCGCAGGUCAGCGCCGGAAGCAGGGCCUGGCUCCGCACCGGGAGGGCACCGCCGCAGCUGCUGCCCCGUCCUUCUCAGAGAGGGAGCUGCCGCAGCCGCCCCCUCUGCUGUCGCCCCAGAAUACCCCUCACAUCGCCCUGGGCCCCCAUCUCAGGCCCCCCUUUUUGGGGGUGUCCUCAGCUCUGUGCCAGACCCCAGGCUACGGCUUCCUGCCCCCCGCCCAGGCGGAGAUGUUUGCUCGGCAACAGGAGCUCCUGCGGAAGCAGAACCUGGCCCGGCUGGAGCUGUCGGCGGAUCUGCUGCGGCAGAAGGAGCUAGAGAGCGCGCGGCCGCAGCUGCUGGCGCCUGAGGCCGCCCUGCGCACCCCCGACGGCGCCGAGGAGCUGCCGCGGCGCGGGCCCAUGCUGGUGCUGAAACACAACGCGGCGCCGCUGCUGGCCCUGCCCCCCCAGGGCCCCCCGGGACCCGGGAUCCCCACCCCGCCCCGGGAGCCUGCUCGCCGAGCCCCCCGGAAAGGCGACCACAGCUCUGCCUCCACCGGGCCCAGCGAGUCCAAGGAGACAACAGGGGCGGGGGUCUGGGCACAAGAUGGCUCCGAGGACGAGCCCCCCAAAGACUCAGAUGGAGAGGACCCGGAAAUGGCCACUGUUGGGGGCCGGGGCCUCUUCACCCCCAGCCAAGCCCCAGCUGGAGGGGCCAGCGCAGAGGGGAAGGGGCUGCCCUCAGCGUCCACGCUGCCCCUGGGCUUCCCCUACGCCGUCAGCCCCUACUUCCACACAGGUGCCAUGGGGGGACUCUUCAUGGACGGAGAGGAGGCCGCUGCCCCUGAGGACGUCAGCAAGUGGACGGUGGACGACGUGUGCAGCUUCGUGGGGGGCCUGGCCGGCUGUGCAGAGUACACGCGGGUCUUCAGAGAGCAGGGGAUAGACGGGGAGACCCUGCCGCUGCUGACGGAGGAGCACCUGCUGACCACCAUGGGACUGAAGCUGGGGCCUGCCCUCAAGAUCCGGGCUCAGGUGGCCAGGCGCCUGGGCCGAGUCUUCUACAUGGCCAGCUUCCCGGUGGCACUGCCACUGCAGCCACCAACCCUGCAGGGCCCAGAGCGGGAGCUCAGGGCAGGAGAGCAGCUCCCAUCCCCAGCAACAGCCCCCUCCCCCUAUGGGGGGGGCCACACCUCCGUAGGCCGAGCCUCACCCAAGCAGGAGAAUGGGACCUUGGCUCUGCUCCCCGGGCCCCCAGACCCCUCCCAGCCCCUGUGCUGAGCUGGGGGUGAGCUGUCCAACUCCCCGGCG